AUGCAGUCCAGUCUCCUUGCUCGUGAAGUGGGCGAUUUUGCCCCUCAGGACUUCAGCCGCUCUAUAACUUCUGAACUACUUCGUUCGUUUGCGCCAGCGCCUCAGUAUCGCUUUAAUGGCGAGAGAACAGCGAGACCUGAUCCCGCAGGCGUAGAUGAACGUGCUCACAACAUCAAAGCUCACGGAGCGGGCGUCAACAGUAUUGCUCUAGAGAAAUUCGAUGGCCGGAUCCUUCUAUCAGGUGGUGCCGAGGGAGGUAUCAAGGUAUGGGAUCUCGAAGCUGGUGGAAACCCUCACAAGGUGCACAACUUUCGCCCCGUGAGCAGUAUAGCAAGGUCUACAAGGGAAGAGAAUUCUCCAGGGCAUAGCCACGGCAUCACACACAUCGCAUUUUACCCUUUCGACCCGGAUGCUUUCCUCUCAAGUUCUUAUGAUAAAAAGCUGAAGCUAUGGGCCACGCAACGCUGCACCCUAUCGGCAACAUUUGAUCUUAAUGCAACAAUAUACUCCCACUCAACAAGUCCCAUCGCGGACCAUCUAGUUGUUGCAUGCGCCACGCAGAACUCGGCAGUCCGACUGGUAGACUUGAAGUCUGGGUCUGCAAUACAAGCUCUUGUGGCCCACGGCGGCCCUGUACUGUCAACAGCGUGGAGUCCGCGUCACGAGCACAUCCUUGUUAGUGGACAUGCAGACGGUAAAGCUCGAAUAUGGGAUAUCAGGCGUGCUGGUGGCGUCGUCGCAUUACUGGAUCAAGAGGAUUCGUUGGGCAUUGUUCAUAAGAUGAAGCAUCUAAGUGCGGUAGGCGUAGACUCGAGCCAGAUCCCGCAUUUCCGCGCCUCUUCCCAGGCACAUGACGAUGCAGUAAAUGGUCUACAGUGGACAGACGAUGGGAGGUAUAUCAUAUCAGCGGGCCUUGACCGUCGCAUUCGUGUAUGGGACGCUGCUACAGGGGCGAACACUCUUGCAAGCUUUGGCUCCUUGAUUCAGAACCAACACGCAAAGACAGCAAGUAUCUUGGUAACUCCGUCUCACCUCUCGACCGGAAACAACUUUCUGUUUUGGCCAAAUGAUCAGGAGAUUCUCAUCCUUGAUCUCCAUGAUGGCAAUAUUGUAAAGCGACUCCGAAGUCCGGGCGUGACAAACCCUGUAGGGCCACAAGGUAGUGAAAUGGGGCGGAAUAAAAUAACAGGCAUAGCCUGGCGCUCAUCCGGCGGGUCAGGACGUCCUGCUGGGCCUGUUAUGGGCGGCGGGAACUCUAUUGGAGCUGUGUACAGUUCUCAUAUGGAUGGGCAGAUUCGGGCCUGGGCACCUCAAAUGCCAGGUCCCGAAGAUGUGGAUGAGGAGGAGGAAAUACAAGAGGAUGAAGAAGUGAAGCAGCGGAAGAGAAAGGCCGUUGACGACGCCUACAAGAGUCUCAUGGGCAAAAAGAUCACCUUUACGUAG